AUGAGAAUCUCUUACGCAAGCGCAGCAGUGCUGCUAAACAGCGCUUUUGCUGUCGCUCAAUCGACGAACGGCACUGGCGUAAAGUGCCCUUCGAGUUCAAAGUUCGCGUCGAUCUCAGCCGGCACUUUCUUCGCAAAGCUGAAUCCGGGGUGGAAUGUUGGCAAUACGCUCGAUGCCGUGGAGACUGAAGGCAGCUGGAACAACCCACCUGUUGUAGGAAGCACAUUCGACGAUGCUAAAAGAGCUGGGUUCAAGAGCAUUCGAAUUCCUAUUACCUGGGCGUACCACUUCACCUCUCAAUCGCCCGACUGGACCGUCGAUGCCGUAUGGCUACAGCGUGUAUCAGAUGUCGUUGACAUGGUCACAGACCGCGGAUUGUACGCCAUUGUCAACGUCCACCACGAUUCUUGGACUUGGGCCGAUUUGACAGUAGCGAACACGAAUGUCACGGCCGUUGAGGAGAGGCUUGGAAAGUUGUGGGAGCAGAUUGGCAAGAAGCUUGCUUGUAAGAGCGAGAAGGUUGCUUUUGAAACGAUCAAUGAGAUUCCAGGUACUACGGCUGAGCAUGGCGCUGAGGUCAACAGGCUCAACGAUAUCUUUCUCAAGGCUAUCAAUGAUGCUGGGGGUCACAAUCCGAAGCGUGUUGUUACGCUCGUUGGAGCUGGCGAAGAUGGAGUGAAGACGUCGCAGUGGUUUAAGAAGCCUGAUCCGAAAUUUAAGAACCCCUGGGGCAUUCAGUAUCACUACUACUCACCUUACGACUACGUUUUCCAAGCCUGGGGAAAAACUACAUGGGGCUCCGACGCCGACAAAGCUACUCUCGAAGCCGACCUCGCCGCCGUCCGCGGCAACUUCACCGAUAUCCCUCUCGUGAUAGGUGAAUGGGCUGCAUCACCCGUCGCUACUGAGACCGCAGCGCGCUGGCGAUACUUCGACUUCUUCCUUCGCACAGCAGCGAAAUACAACACUUCGACUAUACUCUGGGACAACGGAGCCGACUUCCUUGACCGCGCAACACAUGUUUGGCGCGACGAAGUAGCCUUGGACAUCUACCGCAAUGCAGUAAAAAGCAUCCCGAACGCGCUCCCGGAAAGUACUACAGACGGCUCUGCUACAACGCAAUCUAGCUCUGCGUACAUAUACCACCGCAAGAACGAGACCGUAGGAGACGCUACACUAGGCUUCAUGUUCAACGGAAACACCCUCAGCAAGAUUAGCAAGGGAAGCAGACAACUAGCGAAAGGCAAGGACUACACCGUCUCAGGCGAGAAGAUUACCUUCUCAGCUGCAUACCUCAAAUCGAUCAUCAUGCCUACCUCGCCCAUUGGCAGCCUAGCAAACCUGACCUUGGCUUUCAACCGCGGCGCUGCGCUGCAAGUCAACGUUCUCCAGUACACCACACCAGUUCUGUCCAGCACCUCCGGACCCGCGCCGGCAGCCGGCCAAGACCUGCUCAUCCCGAUUACAUGGUCUGGCCAGAACAGACCUGCAGCUAUCAAGGCUACCAAAGCCGAUGGAACGUAUCUGGUGGACGACUGGACUCAGUACCUACCUGUGCUACAGCAGGGUCGAGCGACGUAUGGUAACCAGUGGGAUUGGACUGCACAGGGUGUUGUUAUCAAGGCUGCGGCUUUGGAUGCUGUUAGGGCGGCAGGUCAGGCUACGACGUUUAUGAUUGAGUUUUAUCCGAGGGAGCCAGGGAAUGCUGUGGAGUACACUGUUACUGUUUGA